AUGGCCAAGGAGCUUGAGCACCUCAAGAUCAACCUACCCGACAAGUUUGUGGCUGGUGGCAUCAUUGCCAAGUUGCCUCCUUCAUGGAGGGAUUUCGCCACUACUCUCAAACACAAGAGGAUGGAGAUAUCAGUGUCUGAUCUGAUAGCAUUCCUUGAUGUUGAGGAAAAAGCUCGGGCCAAGGAUGGGCGAUCUAAGGCUGUUGAGGCCCAGACUAGUGCCAACAUGGUGCAGAAGUCUCACGGCAAAGGCAAGGGCAAGGAAAAAAAGAUCAAGCCGCAGCCUACCACUACUUUCAAGAAGAAGAAGAAGUUCAAGGAAGGUCAAGACUGUUUUGUGUGUGGAUCUACCGAUCAUUGGGCAAAGAAGUGCCCACACCUCAAAGGAGGGAAGCCUUCACCUGAGCAGAAGACUGCAAACACGGUCACCAUGGCUGGAGUGGAAACCAGUGGGUACAAUUCUUUACCUUCGUCCGCUCGGGAUUCUACAGUGAUGAUGGGCAAUGGGUUGCAUGCUACUGUUCGUGGUGUUGGCACGGUCGAUCUGAAGCUUACUUCGGGAAAGAUCGUGCAGCUGAAGAACGUGUAG